UAAAUAAUAAACAUUGCAUCGCCUAAAAAAACAGCAGCAAUCUCUCGAACUCUGCAAACAUUGAUCUCGUGUUUAUCGUGUUUUUUUUUGUAGAUAAAACCUAAUCUAUUAUAUUCUAUCAAACCGGUAAGUGUAUGUGCUCCACCGUGUAGAUCUGCUUCGUCACCGCAUGAUAUAGAUAUUAUAAGCACUUACCAUGCUAGUGAUAACCAACGAUGAUAAGGCCGCACGGGACGUCGUUAUAAUCAUCCUAUCCAUUUGAAGAAGCAGAUCUCAAGUACCACUCAAUAUAGGGAUGUGAAAAAUUUAUCACUAUAUUCGAUAAAUCAACCGCCUCAAUUGUGGUCGUAAUUCGUCAGUAACUGUUCCGGGACUCCGGCUGUCGCCCCAAAAGCAGUGGAACCACACCACGCAUCGAUUAUCUUAUCAUUACCACAAUCUCUGCUUCGAAUCUCAAAACGUUACAAUUCGGUGCUUAUCCGUUUGAAAUUAAAGCUCUCAGUUCGUUAGUGAAGCUCAAAGGUGCUCCGCGCGGAAGAAAAUGGUGUCCAUCAAUCCGUUCCACGCCAGUGGCAUAAUCCGACGGAGAGUGUACAUUGCGAUGGGUCUGCUGUUGGUUAUGCUGUACAUAAUGUAUUCGAUCGAUUACCAGCAUCUACACGAGAACUGCUUCGUCCGGGAGUUUCCGGAUCCGUUCCGGGUGCUGGAAGAUGUCCAAAAGUCGCACAAACAGCCCAAACACGGGAGGAACAUCUUCUUCCACGAGACUUCCUGCUCGGAAGACGGGGUGAUCAAGCUGAACGCCCGCCAGGCAUGUGCCAUUGAAUCGGCCGCCCGGAUGAACCCGGACUGGAAUGCGUUCGUUCUGUUCGCUGCCCCGGUUGGAUUCCGGAACCGAAGUGCUCUUCCCCUGCUAGAUGCCCUGCACUCGUACCCGAACGUCAACCUGCGGUACGUGAAUCUGUCGACCUACGCUCAGGACACUCCGCUGGAGGAAUGGAUGCAGAGCGGGGAGAUAUUUCGUUCCAAGUACAUGAACUCGCACCUGUCCGACAUUAUGCGCUAUUUGACGCUGUUCAAGUACGGGGGCACCUAUCUGGAUCUGGACGUGGUUGUGCUGAAAUCGUUCAAUGCCAUGGAACCGAACUAUGCCGGGGCGGAAUCGGCACGCUGGGUGGCAGCCGGAGUCAUGAACUUCGAACCCGAUGGGCACGGACACGAGCUGGCGGCGAUGUGCGUCAGGGACCUGCUACUGAACUUCAACGGCCAGGACUGGGGCAACAACGGACCGGGCGUCAUCACCCGGGUGCUCAAACGCAUCUGCAGCACCCAGGCGCCGCUCAUGAUGACCCGGGAGCGGUGCCGUCACUUCACCGUGUACCCACCGGAGGCCUUCUACGCCAUCAACUUCGACGACUACCUGCAGUUCUUCGAGGAGCGCUGGCUGGAGCAGGCCAUGGCCACCGUGAACCGCUCGAUCGUGGUUCACGUGUGGAACAAGUUCAGCAAGGACCACAAGGUGCGGGUGGGGUCCCGAGUGGCGUACGGAGUGCUUGCGGAACAGUUCUGCCCCCGGGUCUACAAAGCUAGCGGUGAGUUCUUUUAGUUUUAAAGUGUUUUUUUUUUGGGAGACUUAAAGUUGAAACUGUGGCAGCUUUAAGUAGAAUGUGUGUGUGCGAUCUCGAUUUUGUUAAGUUGAAAGAUAUUUAAAUCGCAAGAUAGUUGGGUGUGCUUGAAAAAAUCUAGAUUCCUAAGAAGCGUAAAAAAGUUGCAUUUAUUUUAAGAAACACUUGGUGUAAUCUUUCGGAUGAUGCUGGUAUUUGUAGGCAUCACAUGGAGUGCAAUAAUUAAGAAUCGUAAGCAGCAAUCGAUAAGCAGAAAGAUUUGCGCUACAUUUAAGUAUUAAUGUUUAAAAAAAAAACAAGUUUUUAAGACAUCCUUUCCUCUGCGCACAAUCAAAUUUAACUCAUCACACUUCACGGAGGAAACAAAUGUCCUACUUAUAAGAAUUGUAAAAAAAUGUUACACAAAUGAUGAAAGUCGGAAAAUUAUAUUUUAAAUUAAUUUAAGUUUCACCAGAACAAGAAUCUUAUGGGAAGCCUUUAAUGAAUUUAAGAUAGAAUGUAGUAAGUGACGGAAUCAAGA